AUGAGUGGAUCUGCGCGCAAGGUAGCGUGCAGAACGUGCCGUGACCGGAAAGUCCGCUGUGACGGUGGACAGCCUUCUUGCGAGAAGUGCAAACGAUCGAACGAGGCGUGUGUCUACAUACCAGCAUCUACACAGUCGAGACCCGACCUGACGGAAGCUAUUGAGUCGUUGGAAGAUCGAAUGGCGAGAGUGGAAGCCCAACUCACAGAGCAAUCUCAACACAAGCCUUGCUCGAAUUCUGUCGCGCCUGAAGGAUUACCUGCCCUUAGCCCUCAGGCAUACUGCAAUCACUUGAUGGCGGAUAGUGUUGGCAAUUCUUCUAUGUCGUCCUCAUUGCCUAUGCAGGCUAUGCCUUGGACAGAUACUCUCAAUCAUGUUCCUGCCAGCAUGCCAGUUCAAACCAGCACAUAUGACGGCUACAUGGGAGACCCAGCUGGUCUUGCAUCAACUUCGUGGAACAUUCUAUUUGGUCAGCUGGUCCAUCCUCACAAACCGCCGGAGGCAUAUUCGAAUUCAAAGGCACCUUUAACUGGAGACCGAUUUCAACAUCGAGAUGAGUCUAGAUCCUAG